CUCUCAUACCCCUGCCAGCAUCACUUAAAUCUUGGCCUUCUCGCCGUCUUUGACUGAUCUAAUUACCAAGGUCUUGCCGCUAUGGCUUCUGCAGAGCUGCUAGCACAGAUUCAAGCUGGCAAGAGACUGAAGAAGGCAGUCACCAAUGACCGGAGUGCCCCCGCUAUUGAAACUCCCAAAGGAGGUGGAGGAGGAAGAGCAGGGAUUGGUGCCCCAUCUAUCCCAGUGGGUGCGUUUGCAUCCGCUGGAGCAGGUCCUCCACAACUUGGUGGUUUGUUUGCGGGUGGCAUGCCCAAGUUGAAGCCAGCUGGCCAGAGUACAAAUGGGAAGCCUCCUGCGUUGGGCAAACCCCCGUCUAUACCAAGGCGCGAAACCCCAUCUGCGCCUGCUGCUGCGCCCCCACCUCCACCCAACCGGCCUUCCCCAGCCAGACCCCCUCCACCUGCCGCACCCCCUGCGCCUCCUGCACGAGUUGCACCCAGUCUACCUGCACGGUCGGCACCUACUCUUCCUAGUGCUCCCUCAGCCCCAGCUCCUCCGCCGCGUAAAGUACCUGCGCCUCCUCCGCGAGCUGGGACUGCCUCGACCCCUCCUGCUAUCCCACCUCGAACUGCUUCUCCAUCCACCUUCACAAGGAGCGCUCCCGAGCCCCCUCCGCGACCUAGCUCUGCUUUACCAGGCCGCAGAGUACCCGCUCCCCCUACCGCCUCUGGGAGGGCACCCCCGCCUCCGCCGCCCCCGCGACCUUCUUCCGUAGGAGUACACCGCACAGAAAGCGGACCGGCAUCGUCUCCCGCGCGUGCGGUCCCGCCUCCUCCGCCUGCGCGCAAGUCGACUCUCGCUCCUCCCCCUCCUCCUGCUCGCCCAAGAGCAAGUUCGGACGCUGGUGCCCCUCCUGCACCUUCCAUUGCCCCACCGCCACCAAGCAGGCGGGCUCCUGCGGCACCGGCGGCGCCUCCUCCUGCUCCUCCGCGACAAGCCUCUCCCUCGCCCGCGCCUUCGGCAGGGUCCUCGCCCCGUCAUAGCCCGGUACCGACCGCACCUCCCCCGCCCCCGCCAGGUCCGUCACCCGCGCGCACACGCACAACGUCCGGGUCGAAUCUUCGCCCUACGUCGCUUCCGCCGUCGCGUGUACCAUCGGGUCUGAUGCCGAAGCUGAACGGUGCCUCGGAACAGCGCAGAAAGAUACCCACGCCGCCGCCCAACGUUGGCGCACACACUUUCAUUGUGUCGGGGUUCCCGCCUCCACGUCCGUUCACACCGAGCGUGAAGAAGUACGCCGGGGGACGACAGAAGGGGAGCAACUUUGAUUUAGGAACACUCUGAGGCGCUGCGGACAGAUUGAUCGCUGUGGAAACGCCACGUAUAUUAUAUACCGUAUUUCGAAGUCACCUAUGUCAUGCGACGCUGAGAAGGGGCGGAAUGAGGCCUGGUGUGACAAUCUAGCGCAGAAUGUCCGCGCAAAGACCGAUGGAGGGGCACCACAAGCCAGGGCGCCGUGUGUCAGAAGCCGCGGAGGAUGCGAACAUAGCGCGGCUCGGAGACUUGUGUGUCACAUAGACGAGCGACGACGAGACGUGGCGACCGGAUGAGGCAGGGAUCAGUUGGCACCCAGGAGAGGCUCGGCUUAUGAUGAUCGGGCUUAGAAAGUGCAUCGCAUAUAAAAGCUCGGCGUGACACGUCGACACGCGCCUUCUCUACUAUAAACCGCCCGCGGUCGCGCUCCGCUCGACUCUAUCC